AUGAAUAAGCAAGUGUGUGAAAAGUUCCAAGUUAUAAGGAACGCGAUUUUAGAUGAAGUGGACAGUAAAAGAAACUAUCAAUUUAAAAAUGAAAAUUUUUUAAAUAGUUAUUGUGAUAAUGGAUCAUGUGAUGGUUCUUUCGAUAAAAUUAGUGCUGGAUGUUUAUAUUUGUUUGAUGCGUUCUUUGGGGGUUAUAAACCGUUUAAUGAUGUUGCAAAUAGAAACAUCAAUAUUGUUGAUUACAUUUUGAUAUGGUUAAGGUAUAUGUUAGACCUUACCAGAAUUGGAGAAAACGACAAUAUAGACCCUUUUUAUGAAAUAUAUAUAUAUAAUGUUAAGAAGUAUAAUGAGAAAAUAGAUGGUGUUAGUGGUUAUCAGAAUUAUAAGGAUCUUAUCGAUAUAAAAAAAAAUUUGAUGAGUAUUGAUAUUAAAGCUAUGUCUAAAUUUUAUGAUGCAUUUAUAUUAUUAUGUGACAUUUGUACUGGGGUUGAUGAAAACAGCUCAAAAUGCGAUAAUAAUUUAGAAAAAGCUAAAAAAUUUGCUAAAAAAUAUGAUGAGCUUAAUGAAGAUUAUAAUAAUGGUAGAGACAACCCCUAUAAUCAAUUAUUAUCUACAUUAUCAUAUGAUUAUUAUAAUUUUCAAAGUAUAUGUAAUGAUUUUCCAUUACUUCCAACAUAUUCACGAAAAUUUGUAAUAAAAAGCACACUAAUUUCAAUUGGAUUUAUAUUUGUUGCCGUAUCAAUUUUCUUGGGAAUUGCAUAUAAGUAUUCGUUACUUGGAUUUCGGAAACGAUCUCAAAAGCAAUGUUUAAGAGAAAGAAUAAAAAAUAUAAAGAAGAAACUGAUCAUUAAUAAAUUAUUCUGA